AUGGCUGCCACUAGCAUUCCGAUUGUCAAGAAGCGGACGAACCGUUUCAAGCGGCACCAGUCUGACCGCUUCAAGCGCGUUGGCGCUUCGUGGCGCAAGCCCACCGGUAUCGACAGCUGCAUCCGCCGUCGCUUCAAGGGUACCGCGGCGAUGCCCAAGAUCGGUUACGGCUCGAACAAGAAGACCCGCCACGUCAUGCCCAACGGCUUCCGCCGCUUUGUGGUCGCCAACCCCAAGGACGUUGAGCUCCUGUUGAUGCACAACAACUCGUUCGCCGCUGAGGUUGCGCACAACGUUAGCAGCAAGAAGCGCAUCGAGAUCCUCGAGAAGUACGUCGUUGACUUGAAAAUGAAUGCUAACCACAGGGCCAAGGUGCUCGGUGUCCGUGUUACCAACGCCAACGCGCGUGUCCGUGCUCAGGAGGCCUAA